AUGGACCCCUACAACGAUAGCGACCCUGCCUACGCAGCUACUCCAUUGGAGUCUAGCACCGCCAUCCCUACGUUUUACAACUGCCCGAAGGUUCGCUUCCAGCAGACUGGGGGAAACAGAGGUGGGCCAAACCACGCACCAGGACCAGGCGGUCACAACAAUCAGCGACCCCCUUUCCAAUUUGAUGCGCACCAUUCACAAGGACCGCUGAGGCCACUCAUCCCACCAGCAGAGUUCUUGGACCAGCAUCUGGACGUCUUUCAGGCUUCCUCAUACGAGAUACCUCCCAACUGCCUCGAAAUCAAGUCUGGGCGACCAGAGGCGGUGGAUUUGGACCUCUUCUGCAUCAAAGGAAUCGUCGAUAAUCUUGUUGAAAGCAAGAAAAAACUACGAGCAGUUCCCCAGGACGUCUUUGGAAGAGCUCGUCAGCGCUGCAACCCUUACGAGCUUGUGGGCUCAUCAAUCUUCAUGAACCGAGCGUCGGUAAAAUUGGCGAGUAUCGACUCCCAGUUGGCGUUGACCGCGACAAAGGAGGAUCCCUCGAUCGGAAACGAGAGCGAAGGAAACGAGAACUCCAAGAUAUUUCGGUUCGCGGAUUUGUGUUCAGGGCCCGGAGGAUUCUCAGAGUACCUUCUCUGGCGCAAGCAUACAUGGGGCGAACGCGCUCGAGGAUGGGCCAUGACCUUGAAGGGCGACCUGGAUUUCCAAACGGAAAAGUUUCACAGGGAUGCUGCAGUCCAGGACAACCUCAGGAUCUUUUACGGGAGAGAUGGAACUGGAGAUAUUCUAAACCAGGAAAACAUCGAUGCAUUUGCUGCCUUGGUGGAUCAGCAGACGAACGGCUUGGGCGUGGGGCUGGUAUCGGCCGAUGGAGGAAUAUCCGUGGAUGGAGACGAAGCGGUUCAGGAGACGCUACUACAGCGACUGAUUCUCUGUCAGAUAUUGACCAUGUUUAUGACACUCCAAAAAGGUGGCGACUUUGUGGUCAAGAUUUUCGACAUCUUUACGCCUGUAACCGCAGGACUGGUCUGGAUAUUGUCAAGGAACUUUGAGAAGAUCUGUGUCAUGAAACCUUUGACGAGUCGGCCCAUGAACUCGGAGCGAUAUGUUGUAUGCAGGCACCUGCUGAAGCGUCAGCCCUCCCAGGUGAUUGAACAUCUGAAAGCGGCCAACAGUCGGUACCAGCAGUUGAAAGAAAAGGGACAGUCGACUGCAUCUGCAAGAAGCGACAAUGAAGCACCAUCGUCGACACUGGAUUCAAUCAAGGAUGAUAUCAACCACAUCGUGGACCUUGCCGUCUUGACAGGUGACUCUCAUUUUAUGGAGUAUAUCAAGCGUAACAACAUGAAGACGGCUAUUCGCCAGACGGAGGCGUUGGAUGUGUUCCUCAAAUAUGUGAACGAGGGACUUCGUCCAGCGUUUGACCAGGAAGCUAUCAAAAGGCUUUGUCUCCAAGAGUGGCGCAUCCCCCCUCGGCCUCAGCCAUACCACCCUCAGCAGCAGCAGCACCAACAGCAUCAUCAGCAGCACCAGCCGCGUCACCAACAAGGCCACCAGUAUCAGAACCAGCAGCAGCACCAGCAACAUUAUGGACAUCUUCAGCAACGUUCCUCUGGUCCGUAUCAAUCUCAGCAGCAGCACCAGCUACAUCAGCACCGGUCGCAGCCUUAUCCCCAACAGCCGCCGCCUGGCGGUCCCCGACGACCUCCCCCUAGCCAACGCGGGCAGCCGUCGGGUCUGCUGGACUCGCUCCUGAAUAAUAUGCAACCUAACGCGAGACGGUAG